CUUAAGGAAGCUCCAUUUGCGUGUUCAUGUCGAGGUUGAUCCAACUCCUGUGUGACGCGGCCGAGAGGGUCCCGCGCCGCCACGUGCGGUGCCGGACCGAUGCGCUCGACAUGUGGCGCCGUUGACAGGGAUAACGGAAGCCUACCGUUGUCCCUGGUGGAACGACAUCCGGGUAUGGGAGACACCUGGGUGAAGAGAAUUGUUACGGACGUGUUGGCGGCACUGGGGUAUGAUAACGAAGCAGAGAUACAGAAAAGAGGGGUGCUUGUGGCCCAAGGUCAGGCAUCAGGGGCAGUGGAUGAGGAGGCUGGGCAAGAAGACUACGGCGGAGGGGAGACGGGUUCCCAAGUCCUGACUAAGGCCCAGAGGAAGCAGCGCAAUCUGCUGCAGGGAGGGCAGGGGUCAGGGAAGGGGCAGGAAAGGCAAGACCCGGGUGUGAGAGUCGAGGAGAUUGUGGAUGAAAAUAAGGAAGUGACUCAGCGGCUGAAGGCCGGGACUAUAAAGGAGGAGCCCAUAGUUGUUGAGUCCGAUGACGAGGCGCAGGAGGUGGUGAGAGAGUCAGCCUCGACCAUCCUGGAAAGGAUGGAGGACGUGCUCGCAAAGGUCGGCAGAUAUCAGGAACGGCUAAGGGUGAUGUGCGAAGAGGCCCGAGAAUGGGAAAUGAAUCUUCCUAAGGUGAGAGACCAGCCGAGCAUCGCAAUGGUGGACACGGGCGCGGAGAUGAAUAUCAUCCGUGAGCGGGACGCGGCUAUGUUAGGGCUGGAGGUUGAGCAUUCGGACCAUGGUGUGCUGCAUGACGCCAACUGCAAGGCCAUAUUCUGUGGCACCUCGUCUAAUGUGAUGGUGGAGAUCGGGAGGGUAAGGGUGCGAACGUGCUUCUUCGUCAUGCCCGAUGUCGACCACCCUAUCCUUCUGGGGAGGUCGUUCCUCUACCGAACGGAGACCUUGGUCUUCAACAGGCAUGAGGGGACGAUGAUCCUGGCUCUAUCCGAUCCAGCCUGCGGGAAUUACGAAAUUAUUAAGUGCGGGAACACAGGGCCCGGAAGUGCGAGGAACAAGCUCAACCUCGGCUCCUUUACCUUCGAGGAGUCUGAGUACGCGCGACGGAGACUCCGGGAGGAGCAGGAGGAGGACGGAGUUGGCGAGGUGUUGUCCCUGAGCCUUAACGAUGUGAAUAAGGCAAUGGAGGUGGUGGCCGCGCAUGAUAUGGCAGACCCUGAGGCUAUAAAGGCAUUGAGGGAGCAGGUUCUAGGUCUGUUGGAACAAUAUAACCUGACGGCGAGCGACCCCAAGUCGAAGCAUUGUAUGAGGGAGGCCACGAUUCUGGGCUCUGUCUACAAAGAGAAGGGACGGAGGCCAGAUGUGAAGAAAACGGAUAAGAUCCUAGAGUGGCCAGUCCCCUUCCAGUCAAUAACGGACGUGAGGAGCUUCCUUGGGACCUGUGGGUUUUGGAGGAGUUUUGUGAAGGACUUCGCCACCAAGACAAGGCAUUUAAGGAAGAUUGUGCAUCAGGAUCAGGAAUGGGUCUGGGGCGACGACCAGGAAGAGGCGGUGGAAAGGAUGAAGGGAGAGUUCAAGGAAGGAGGCUUAGUGCUGGGAGCGCCAAAUUAUGAGGCCACAGAGGAAAGGCCAUUCGUUGUCGAGACAGAUGCCGAACCAACUGCCUUAGGGGGGGUCCUGAUCCAGACAGAUGCAGAUGGAAAGGAGAGGCCGCUAAGGUCUGACUUUUCGAAGGCAGUCAUGCAGAGGGGCGGGAGGGACACACGGCCACGACAGGGGCCCCAGGGAGCAGCGGGGAGAGGCGAGCAGCACGAGCCGCCUAGGAGGGAGCCUACGCCUGAGUUCAACGAUGAUAACAUAGAGUUUUUCCUGGACGUAUAUCGGGAUCAUGCGGCACAGAGAGGGGGGUCAAAGGCGGAGAGGAUCGACCAUUUGAGGGGUAUAGGGCGGUUUGAGGAGCCUAGGUUGAGAGCUUCUUCUAGAGGGCGCGAUGGCAUGCCCAUUCGAUUGGAGAAGGGGAACGUGGAGAAGUUCAUUCCCGCAUAUGAGCACUACAUGUUGAGUCAGGAGCCUUUGGACCCCGGGACGGAGACGGGCAUGCGAGACCGAGAGGAGCCUCAGGAUCCUGACAUGGCAGCUGAGCAACCGGAUCGUGUACAGCCUCAAGGCGGAGAGGUGAUCACGGUUGGAGACGAUACCCCGCCAUGCUUCCCAGUUCUAGAGCCAGUACAACAUCCAUGGCCAGAGGGGAUUCUUGAGCCGGGCAACGAGGAGAUUCCGGAGUCUCCCCCUGAGGCCGCCGCUAUGCCUGAGCAGGGGGCAGAGGCAGAGGGUCAGGGAGCGCAUGAGAGAGCGAGGGUUGAGGCGCCCCUUGACUUGCCAUCGGCCACGCACGUGACCAAGAGCCCAGUUAUCAAGGAGCCUCUUCCAGCGGAGUUACCGCCAGCAGUGCCAUGCACGAGUGAGGGGAUGGGGGCUGAGGCGUUGACUCCGGAAGGCCAGGGGCCGCGGGUGAGAAGAACCCCAAGAGAGACCCGCGAAGAGAAGUCCGCCCGGGUACGGGUCCGUCUGGAUGAGAUACACGCGAGGCAAGCUGAGAUGGAGGCAACAGGAAUAGAGCCGACAUCGUCGGUCGAGCCCAAGACGAGUGAGCAGAGGAUCAACGAAUUGUGGGCCAGCAAUGAGCUCAGGGUCAGAGAGUUGAAGGUGGAGCACCUAACUACUCAGCUUGCCGAGGAGAGGGCGAGGAGCCAGGCCAAAGAGGUUGAGUGGGAGAGGAGAUUUGGGGAGAUGACGACCGCUGUGGAUAGGCUCUCGGCAGCCUGGGAGGCUAGCCAGGCAGGGCGAGCCGGUACCGACAGCCAGGGCCGAGGGAUGCAGGCUUCGCCGAGUCAGGGAGUGGCAGUGGAGGCCCCUCGACAGGCCGAGCCAAUGGAGGAGGUGUCCUUGGAUGCAGUUGAGGAGGAGGGUGGCGCGCAGGAGUCGCUUAUGGCUUUAUCCACGGAAAGGAGAGGUUCGCGUUUGCAUGAGCUGGCAGCAGCCAUGGGGAUAGGCACUCCACAGGAGAGGCCUCAGAGACUUGGCGCUCCAGAGCUUGCCCCGAGGUUGGGAGAGUUGAGGGCGGAGCUGGGCUCCUGGGCCACGGAAACGGACUCAGGAGGGCCUGAUUCGCGGCAGGAGCAACAGCAGGAGGUCAUGAGUGAGCCCACCGCCAUGGGGGGCUCUCAGCCGUCAGGAGCAUAUGGGGAUGAGGUGGUGGUGACAGAGGGGCCUCAUGAGGAGGGCCCCCAAAAGUUGGAUAUGCCAGACUGCAGGCUAGUGAGCACAACCGCACGAGGGGGUGAGGGUGCUGAGGCUAUGGAGCCCGGACCUCAGGGUCAUAUGGGAUUGUCCUCGUGUCAUGAGGUGACUACUGAGAACACGGGGACGCCUUCAGCAUCGAGUUCGCAGGGGAGAAAGAAGAAGACUGCCAGGUGGCACGAUACCUCCUGUUUUUGGUGCAAGGAGGAAGGGCAAAGAGCCGUGGACUGCCCAGAACUCCUCGAGGACAAGGCCGAGGGGCGAGUUGCGGAGUUCAACGGCAAGUUCUAUGACAGGCAGGGCAGGAUAGUAGAGCGAGCUCCAGAUGGGGGCAGGGCUCAGUUGUAUAUGCAGAACCAGGAGGAAUUGUGUAAGUAAGGCCUGGUCUGUCUAUGUGUCAGUAGGGACAGGGUGAUUGGCACACACGGGGGCGGGUUGGAGGUGUACAUAUGUUUAAGUUGGCUGAGGGGGCCCUAGAUGUGUGCAUACGUUAGAGGUGGUAGGAUGAGUCCCUGCCUGCUUGUACACAUAUAGCUGAUUAAGGUUUCUUUGAGUUUUUCUUUCGUAGGCUAUGGCUUAGGGCAUGAGGGUUGGUUGUAGGACACAUGGGGCUAUUCAGUCCACUUUUGAUUUCGCAGUACAGAGACUACUUGAGUUUGAGAGAGACUUGGGUAUGAGUUUUCCCGAGUUAGGUGAGACAGAGGGUUAGGCACCCGUUAGG